AUGGACCCAGGAGAGUACAACCGCAGAGGAAAGGAGCUGGUGGACUACAUCACUCAGUAUCUGGGGUCCAUCCGAGAGCGGAGGGUUCUUCCCGAUGUGAAGCCUGGAUACAUGAGGGACCUGCUGCCGGACACUGCCCCCUUUGAGCCAGAGGGGUGGGACGACAUCUUCGCUGACAUCGAGAAGAUCAUCAUGCCUGGGGGCGCACACAUGUAUGUUCUCUCUGUGCAGGUGGUUCACUGGCAGAGCCCCCACAUGCACGCGUACUUCCCCUGCCUCACCUCCUGGCCCUCUCUGCUCGGGGACAUGUUAGCGGACGCCAUCAACUGUCUGGGCUUCACAUGGGCCUCCAGUCCUGCUUGUACGGAGCUGGAGAUGAAUGUUAUGGACUGGCUGUGCAAAGCUCUGGGACUUCCCUCCUUUUUUCUCCACCACCAUCCGGACAGUAGGGGAGGAGGCAUCCUGCAGAGCACAAUGAGUGAGAGCACGUUAGUGGCUCUUUUAGCCGCGAGGAAACACAAGAUUCUGGAGCUCCGAACUGAGCUGGACCAGGACGUGGACGACUCCAUCCUCAACUCCAGACUGGUGGCCUACGCUUCUGAUCAGGCGCACUCUUCAGUGGAAAAAGCAGGACUCAUUUCUUUGGUGAAGGUUCGUUUUCUCCUGAGUGACGAUCAGCUGUGUCUGAGAGGAGACACUCUGCUCCAGGCCAUGGAGGAGGACAGGAGGGCUGGGCUGGUCCCGUUCAUGGUGUGUGCCACGUUAGGAACAACGGGAGUCUGUGCCUUUGACAAACUCUCAGAAAUCGGACCAAUCUGUGCCGCUGAGGGGCUGUGGCUUCACGUGGAUGCGGCCUACGCUGGCACCGCCUUCUUCUGCCCGGAGCUGCGCUGGCCUCUGGAGGGGGUGGACUUCGCCGACUCUUUCGCCUUCAAUCCCUCCAAGUGGAUGAUGGUUCACUUCGACUGCACUGCCUUUUGGGUGAAGGAUAAACUCAAGCUGCAGCAAACGUUCAGUGUGGAUCCUCUUUACCUCAGACAUGAGAACUCUCAAGUCGCCACAGAUUUCAUGGGUAUUGAGAUGGCAAAGCUCCUGGAAAGUCACAUCAGGCAAGACCCAAACUUUGAGAUUCCUGCACAGAGACACCUCGGGCUGGUCGUAUUCUGUCUAAAGAGGGGAAACGAUGCGACAAAGGAGCUUUUGAGUCGCCUCACCCGUUCUGGCACCAUGUACCUGGUUCCAGCCGAAUUACGCUCAAAAAUCAUCAUUCGAUUCACCGUGACCUCCCAGUUCACCACAGCAGACGACAUUCUCCGUGACUGGGGCAUUAUCUCCAAAAUGGCCACCGCUCUACUGUCUGAAGCUCAGUUUAAAUCAAGAGAUGGUGCGGAGGAGGAGAAUGCAAUUAUCAAGAGUGAAAACCAACCAGAAGAUGUGCCUAUUUCUUUAAAAGGCUCUCAUGUUGAGUUGUGGAUCGACAAAGCCUGGACCAAGACAGCCAGGCCAACGCGCUCCCUUAGCUGCAGCAGCGAGCCCCUUCCUUAUAUCUUCAAUAAUCUGAUUAAACCUCAAUGCAAAGACUCCGAUACUACCCUCCCACCUCCAAUCCCAGCCACUUCCUCAGCUCCGAUGUAUACAAUCACAGAAUCACCAAGAAAGGAAAAAAAUCUAUUGGGAAAAGAGCUGAAGAAGCUGACCAAGCAAAACAGCGUUCCCAGUUUUUGUAACCCGUGGGUGCAGUGCGGCCGUCAACCAUUCUGCUGCGUUCUGAAAGUGAAGCAGGAUCAUCAGCUGCACCUGACCUCAUCGUGUCAGAGGAUCAACGGUGUGUCCGCAAACAACAACGCACCAACUCAGGCUCCUCAAGAGAACGGCACCACCACGGCACUGCUCAAGGGCCAGUAA